CCACAGUCCACUCCACUGUGGCACUACACUACCUGUAGCGAGUAGUUCCCCAAGGCGGCUCAUCUCCCAUCUCAUUCGACCGCCCCAUGAAUGCUGAGAAGUGUCCUUGAAUCUAAGACCACGACCACGACCACCACUACCUUCUUCCUCGAGUCCAGCUUCGCACUCUCCGCACUGCACCAAUUUUUCCCAUCAAAUUUCACCAUCCUAUUCACUUCUGCUCGCAGCCUCGCCGAGCACAACCCCGCGCAACUUUCUGCCAUCGCAUUCACUCGUUGCUCAAACGGCUACUAAAGUCAAAUAAUCAUCAGAUUGUGGGGUAUCCUCUCGUACCCCUUUUAAAUACCAAUCCACCAAACUCCCAACACCCCAAUACCACUUCUCCCAAGAUGAAGGGUAAGCUGCUCUACUUCUAGACGUCAAUUUCGCCCGCGCUGACAUGGAAAACAGCCCUCAUUCUCGUUGGUGGCUUCGGCACCCGUCUACGACCUCUCGUACGUUGAAACCCCGCCCACACGAAGCUCGAGAGCCCCCAAGGAUGGAUCGCAGAUUCUCCAAAGCAUUCAAUUACGACAAUGACUGACAUAUCGACAGACCCUCACUCUCCCCAAGCCAUUGGUCGAGUUUGGAAACAAGCGCAUGAUUUUGCAUCAAGUCGAGGCACUGGCAGCGGCUGGAGUCACAGAUAUUGUUCUGGCGGUUAACUACCGACCAGAGGUGAUGGAAAAGUACUUGGAGGAGGUAUGCCAGCGUCGAAAAUCCUUCUAAAAUUUACAAGGCUGACAAAAUGGCCGCAUGAUAGUACGAGGAGAAAUUCAACGUCAAAAUCACAUUCUCGAUUGAAUCCGAACCUCUAGGCACCGCCGGUCCCCUCAAACUCGCAGAAGAAAUUCUUGGAAAAGACGAGAACCCAUUCUUCGUUCUGAAUUCGGACGUCAUCUGCGAAUAUCCUUUUGCGGACUUGGCUGCUUUCCACAAGGCUCACGGUCAAGAAGGUACUAUUGUAGUCACCAAAGUCGAGGAACCAUCGAAAUAUGGUGUAGUCGUACACAAGCCAGGACACAACUCACGCAUUGACCGGUUCGUCGAGAAACCAGUUGAGUUUGUUGGAAACCGCAUCAAUGCCGGUAUCUACAUCCUCAACCCCAGCGUGCUCAAGCGCAUCGACUUGCGCCCUACAUCUAUCGAACAAGAGACCUUCCCCGCGAUUUGCGCCGACGGACAAUUACACUCAUUCGAUUUGGAGGGAUUCUGGAUGGAUGUUGGACAGCCAAAGGAUUUCCUUACUGGAACCUGCCUCUACCUCUCCUCCCUCACCAAGAAGGGUUCCAAGGAUCUCACCCCGGUCACCACACCAUACGUCCACGGCGGCAAUGUCUUGAUCGACCCCUCUGCCAAGAUUGGCAAAAACUGCAGAAUUGGCCCCAACGUCACAAUCGGUCCCAAUGUCGUUGUAGGAGAUGGUGUUCGUCUUCAACGGUGUGUUCUCCUCGAGGGAUCCAAAGUCAAGGAUCACGCAUGGGUUAAGAGCACUAUUGUAGGCUGGAACUCGACGAUUGGAAAGUGGGCACGUCUGGAGAAUGUGAGUGUGUUGGGUGACGAUGUGACGAUCGGUGAUGAGAUUUAUGUCAAUGGUGGGAGUAUCCUUCCUCAUAAGAGCAUCAAGGUUAAUGUGGAUGUCCCGGCUAUCAUCAUGUAA